UGCGGGGGUCCGGACCGACACGGGCUUGGGGAAGGGCAGCGCUGGCUUAAGGAUAACGGCCCCGAAGUGCCUGCAUUCAGGCAGGCAGACACAGGCUGUCAGACAGAGAGUUUCUGAAUUGGGAAACAGCGGGGGAAAGCGUGGACAGCUGUCAUUUAGAUGUUGAUAUGUAAAGCAAAAUGGCAAAAAUCAACACCCAGCACUCCUACCCUGGUAUGCACAGACUGUCUGUCAGAACUACUGAUGAAGAUAUUGAAAGGAUUGAAAAUGGCUGUAUCAGAACCCAUUCACUGUGUGAGGAUGCGUCUUCAGAACUGCAGAGAGUCAUUUCUGUGGAGGGAAGACACCUAUCUGAAUCCCAGACGAGCUCAUUCACGGGCAGAGGAGCAAUGGCAAGGCUGUCACGAUUUGUCGUAUCUGUGAGGUCAUGGGCCACAAGACAUUUGCGCCAUGAAGACCGAAGACCUGAUUCUUUCCUAGAACGUAUCCGAGGGCCAGAGCUCAUAGAAGUGUCCACUAGGCAAAGUAACAUCCGCUCCUUUCUGGGUGUCCGUGAGCGGCCUGGGGGAGUAAACAGCAAAAAGGAAGAAAAGAAAGAGGUUAAAGAGGAGAAAAAAGAGGAAAAGAAGGAGGAAAAGAAGGAGGAAAAGAAGGAGGAAAAGAAAGAGGAAAAGAAAGAGGAAAAGAAAGAUGAUAAAAAAGAUGACAAAAAAGAUGAUAAAAAAAAAGAAGAGAAGAAAAAAGAGAUCUUUGUGAUAGAUCCUUCAAGCAAUACUUACUACAACUGGCUGACCAUAAUUGCAGCACCCGUGUUCUAUAACUGGUGUAUGCUAGUGUGCAGAGCCUGCUUUGAUGAGCUACAAGUUGAGCAUAUCAAAUUAUGGCUGUUCUUGGAUUAUGGCUCUGAUAUCAUCUAUAUUCUUGACAUGUUUGUCAGAUUCAGGACAGGCUUCCUUGAACAAGGCUUGCUAGUUCAUGAUGAAAAGAAAUUACGAGAUCAUUAUACCAAAACUAUGCAGUUCAGACUGGAUGUGCUGUCUCUUCUGCCAACAGACCUGGCAUAUUUCAAGCUUGGUUUAAACUACCCUGAGCUGCGAUUUAACCGCUUGCUGAGGAUUGCUCGGCUGUUUGAGUUUUUUGACCGUACUGAAACCAGGACAAAUUAUCCAAACAUGUUUCGUAUUGGAAAUCUUGUCUUAUACAUUCUUAUCAUCAUCCACUGGAAUGCGUGUAUAUACUUUGCGAUUUCGAAGGUCAUCGGAUUUGGAACCGAUUCUUGGGUCUACCCCAACGUGUCCAUUCCAGAAUAUGGGCGCCUGUCUAGAAAGUACAUUUACAGUCUGUACUGGUCAACGCUCACGCUGACAACCAUUGGAGAAACACCUCCUCCGGUGAAAGAUGAAGAGUAUCUCUUUGUGGUCAUUGACUUUCUGGUGGGUGUGCUAAUCUUCGCUACCAUUGUCGGUAAUGUGGGCUCCAUGAUUUCCAACAUGAAUGCCUCCAGGGCAGAGUUCCAGGCCAAAGUGGAUUCCAUUAAACAGUACAUGCAUUUCCGAAAAGUGACUAAGGAUUUGGAAGCCAGGGUUAUUAAGUGGUUUGAUUACCUCUGGACCAACAAGAAAACGGUGGACGAGAAGGAAGUUCUCAAAAAUCUGCCUGACAAGUUGAAGGCUGAAAUUGCCAUCAAUGUCCAUUUGGACACACUGAAGAAAGUGCGUAUAUUCCAGGAUUGUGAGGCUGGACUUCUCAUUGAGCUGGUGCUGAAACUGAAACCGACGGUCUUCAGUCCUGGGGACUACAUUUGCAAAAAGGGAGACAUUGGGAGAGAAAUGUACAUUAUUAAAGAGGGAAAACUGGCUGUGGUGGCGGAUGAUGGCAUAACCCAAUUUGUAGUCCUAAGCGAUGGCAGCUACUUUGGUGAAAUCAGCAUCCUAAACAUCAAAGGUAGCAAAUCUGGCAACAGGAGGACAGCCAACAUAAGGAGUAUUGGUUAUUCGGAUCUCUUCUGCUUGUCUAAAGAUGACUUAAUGGAAGCCCUCACAGAAUAUCCAGAAGCCAAAAAAGCUCUGGAAGAGAAAGGGCGACAAAUUCUGAUGAAAGACAAUUUAAUAGAUGAGGAAGCAGCAAAAGCAGGAGCUGACCCAAAAGACUUGGAAGAAAAAGUAGAAAGACUUGAAACAGCUCUGGAUACUCUGCAGACUAGGUUUGCAAGGCUCUUGGCAGAAUACACCUCCUCUCAACAAAAGGUGAAGCAGAGACUUGCCAAAGUAGAAACCCGAGUGAAAAAAUAUGGUAGUGGCACCUUAUCAAUUGCAGAAGCAGACGCUGAAAAACCUGAGGAGGAGAAAAAGUAGUAAUGGAGUAUUUACGUUUCCUUAUUUAUUGGAGAAGGUUGAAGCCUGUGAAAGCCAUAAAUAUAUGUAAAUAUGUGUGUGCAUACAUAGACAUGAUUAUUUUUAUAUGAACUCAAGAGAAUGGUUUUUAGCAUUUUUAACUGAAGCAGUAUUUUCUUGUAAAUAGAAUAUUGUCACCUUCUUCUUAGGGGGGGAUUUGGUCUGGCAUUUGGGUACUUUUUUGUACUGGGAGUGGAUUUCUUACAAGUCAUGCUCAGGACGUCUGUUGUGUAUGGUACGUAUAGGUCUUGACACGUUGUCUGUUCCCAUGCAUGUUGCGUUCAGAAGGCAUUGUACCUAAAGUACAAGAGAUUGGGGUUUUUUUAAGGGCUUAAAAAAAUAGUGAUAGGAUACAUGCUUUAUGUCGCUACCUUAGUAGCUGAGUAAGUGCAUGGAGGCACAUCUGGGCUUCUCAAAAUCUUUGUUCUUUCACAGCAAAGCAUCUGCGCAAAAAGUUGGGCUACCACUAAGCAGCAGCACAUACCUUACCUCUGCGGUGUGUCCCCGCACGUGUAUGAAGUAGCCGUGCAUCCAGAUGCUUUAGUCUGAUGCUUUCUAAUGAGCUGGGCUCUGCACAAAGGACCGUGCUGACAGAGUAGCAGUGCUCAUUCACCUCCUUUCUUGCGCGGUCUGCAACAGCCUUUGCUGCUCUGCCGCUGCUUCGCUUGGGGACAGAAUGGGAGAUCCUCCUUUUUUUUUCCUUUUUGUAUUCCCUCUCAGCAAGUGGGCAGUCCUCGAGGGAGGCUGCCAAGAAACUGCACGAGCUGCAGGCAGAGACAGCCUGUUCCCCCCAGCUUUGCCCCCCAGCAGGGUCUCUGCAAGGCAGGGAGAAUAAGCCGUGUGUUGCAGUCUUUUCUGCUACUAGGCCUAUGUUGUCUUCCUCUUUAUUUCAUUUGCUGAUGCCUGCUCCGCCUCCUUACGCUAUUUAGUGCCAGCUUUUCUCUGAAGUAGUCGUCUCAGUGCCGUGUUUCCAUUAGUUAGGGAGAACGAAGGCCGCAUUUGCUCUGGUUCUGCUGGUAGGAGCCUCAUUGUGCUGGUUGCUUUUCUCCUCGCUGCAGAGUAGUUGUCUCUGCCAAUGGUCUGGCCCUGAGGUGAAUGCACAGGUCAGGUCCACUCAGCCUACCGUCAUAUUCAGGGCAAAACGGUACUGAGGAGGUUUCUUGCUCUGUCACAUUGCAACCUCAGGAUUUGCCUCUUGCACAACCCUCUUAGCCUUCUCCACACCAGUGCUUCCAGUUUCUUUCCAGGCUUCUCUCCCUCCCACCGAGGGGAUUUCGCUAAUAUUCUCCCACUGGGAAGAUACUACUUUUCAUUCUUUUGCUGUGCAGUAUUUUUCUGCCAUGUAGCUUUCCCUGCAUUACUUUCAUCCUCCAGCACCCCACUGACUUCAAAAGAGCAUGGAGUAGCAGAGGCUGUGCAGCAUCUACGGCAUGGGGGCUGGAUCCUCCAGCGGCACUAGAUAUUACCACGGGCAGUGCUCUGCCUUUUAGGUGUCCUCAGCCCUGACUUAGGAGCCCUAACAGCAUGUGGGCACGGGUGACCUGUUGGAAAAUUGGUGAGGAACCCGAUGACAAGAGAGUGGUUUAACCAGAUGGUAGUGAAAUGAAAAGAGGAGGUUGCUUUGCUAAACUGAGUACAACCGCUCAGGGUAAGCACUCGUCUCUGGGCAAGCAGAUGUCCCCCUCCUAUGGACACUUUUGAGCCUGGUGAGAGAGACAAAUCUGUCAGCGACUAAGGAACGGGGCUUUGCCAGCAGCACUGGCAAAGGGACCACCAGGUAGUAGAUGUCCACACAUGGUCCAUGUCUAAACUCGUGUUAUCAUCAGCCUAGAAGCCAACUAGGCUUAGAUAUCUACUGUAGGCUGGGCUUAACCUCUAUUAUCAAGAUUUCCACCGAGUAUAAUGAGGGCUUUGGCAAGUAGCAGAGACUGUAUGCAGCCAGCAGAGUUUGGGAGCUUUGGUUCUUCAGAUGAAUCUCGUCCUUGUUUUCUCCAAGGGCUUGAGGCAAAUGGGGGAGGUAAGAGAGGCUGCUUUUGGCAGGGUGGAGUGCCUAGUGCCCUCAAUCCCGCCCUGAGGAAGGCAGCAGGGUGGAGGUGGAGCUGGGUGCUGGCUAGUCGCAGUGUUCCACAGAUGGUCUCAGGCUGCUGAACUUGCAACUCUCACCUUGUAGCAGCGGCAGGUACCGCACUGGCCUGUGGCUGAUGUUCAGUGGUGUGGUAUUCAAACACCUUAUGUGGUAGGGGUUCCGUACUUACUGUCAUGUUCUACAUCAGUCGUCAUUCUCUGUAAAUAUCUAACUGUCUACCCGACAUACUACAGCUGUUCCAGCCUACUAAGUAUAUACAAAUAGAACUGUUCAAAGUAUUAUUUGUACAAAUAUAUACCUGUUAAAAAAAACAACCCACAAACACAAGAAUGCUUCUUUACCUGAUGGAUCAGACCAGCUUAAGCUAGCAGUUAAAUACACGUUUGCCCUUCCUUUUUCCACGCCUCUUGGUCUGGUUUUCGCAUGCCAGAAAAAGAGCUAUUUUGAUGCCAUUGGCUUCAGUGACUUUGAAAUACGUAGCUUUUGGCAUGAUGAAAUCACAUCCUUUGCUGUCUUUCAUCUCUGUAAGAUGUUUUUCCCCUUUCUUUAAUGUGACUACAGCAUGUACAUUAAAAUAUUUUGAGUAACGUUCAAGUAACUCUGUGUUUUCUCUUAUCCGUGUCCCCUGGAUUUUAGCAUUUCAUGACAAAACUUUCACAAUGCCAUUAUUACACGGCCCAGAAAA